ACCUUUGUGCUGCAGGCCACACUUAAACAACUGACCAAAAAUUUAUAGCAAUUUAAACAGUCUAAGGCAUCAAAUAAGUUUUCUUAUUCAUUUUCUUUAAGGAAAAAAAAUAAUAAUAAUAAUAACAAAAAAAUUGAGAACAUUAAAAACAAGAAAUUUAGAAAUGAAUGACACAGAAGCGUUACUACUAAAUGAUUUUACUGGUAAAUCCUUUGACUCAUUCAAUUCUGAUCUAAGGAUUAUUCUUGUGGGUAAAACUGGAACAGGGAAGAGUGCAACAGGAAACUCCAUCCUGGGAAAGAAAAUGUUUCAUGCAGAGGCUUCACCUGAGGAAGUUACAAAAGUGUGCAGCACUAAAUAUGUGGAGCAUGAAGGAAAAACAAUCAGUGUAACUGACAUGCCUGGGUUUUGUGGAUCAAUGACAAAGGAAGAAAUGAAGACACACAUAGAGCAGUGUGUUUACAUGUCUGUUCCUGGUCCUCAUGUGUUUCUGCUGGUGAUCAAUCUGGGUGUCAGAUACACAGCAGAAGAGAUGAACACGGUAAAAUUAAUUCAGCAGAACUUUGGAGUAGAUGCUACACGCUACACCAUCGUUUUGUUCACUCAUGCUGAUCAGCUGAAGGGUAAAAAUUUGCAACAUUAUGUAGGAGAGAGCAAACAUCUAAGGAAUCUUACUGAAAGCUGUGGUGGCAGAUAUCAUGCAUUCAACAACGAGAACAUGAUGAACCGCUCUCAGGUCAAAGAGCUGCUGAAGAAGAUAGACAAUACGAUCAAGGGAAAUGGAGGAACACAUUACACAAACGACAUGUUUGAAAAAGCUCAGAAAAAGAUUAAAAACAAGGAGGUGUUAAAAAAGACAGUAGAUAUUGCAUUAGGAGCUGGUUCAGUUUUAGGAACCGGAGCAGCUGUAGCAGGAGGUGUAGUCCUGGGUUUAACAGAGGCUUUGGUUUUACCUGCAGUUAUAUUAACAGCUGGGACUGCAACUGCAGUUGGAAUGGGUGCUAACUUAGCAGUGAGGAAGAUCAAGGAAAACAGAGAAAGAGAGAGAAAAAACAAUUAGGCUAAAAACAGAAAUCGUAUUUCAACACAUUCAAUACUCAGAUCUAUCUACCUUUCAAAUGAUGUUUAAGAGAUGGUGUUUUAUUGCUUAAAACUUCAAAGCUGCAUACGUGUUUAGUCAAAAGAGCUACGUUUUUAAUUUAUAUUGAAUCAGGUGACAA